AUGGCGAGGUUGAACAUCAAGAACAUCAACCCUCACGUGGUUGAGGCUCAGUAUGCCGUCCGUGGUGAGCUCGCCGUCAAGUCAGAAGUAUACCGCGCCAAGAUUCGCAAAGGCGAGGGCAAGGACCUGCCAUUCAAAGAGGUCAUCAGUGCAAACAUUGGAAAUCCCCAGCAACUCGACCAGAAACCCAUCACUUUCUUUCGCCAAGUUCUGAGUUUGCUCGAGAACCCCAAGUUGCUCGAGCAUGAGGACGUGUUGAUCAACUCUUUGGGGUACAAGACCGAUGUCAUCGAGCGCGCAAAGACACUGCUGAGCCAGGUCGGAAGCGUGGGCGCAUACAGUGCCAGUGCAGGAGCCCCGGGGAUCAAGGAGAGUAUUGCCAAGUUUUUGGAGAGACGAGAUGGCUUUCCAGCCGAUCCAUCGCGCAUCUAUCUCUCUGGUGGCGCCUCUUCCGGUGUCAACACUCUGUUGCACAUCAUCUGUGCCGGCCAGAACAGUGGCAUCCUCAUUCCUAUCCCGCAAUAUCCUCUCUACACCGCCGCACUCGCCGUCCUUCAAGCGAAAUGUGUACCCUACUAUCUGGACGAGUCACAGAAUUGGGGUACCUCCCUGGCUACCAUCAAGGAGUCCUACGAAAAGGCCAAGAGCGAGGGCACUGAUGUGCGUGCAAUCGUGGUCAUCAACCCAGGAAACCCUACUGGUGCCUCGCUCUCUGAGGCCGACAUCGGCUCCAUUAUCGACUUUGCCACGCAAGAAAAGUUGGUUGUCAUAGCCGAUGAAGUGUACCAAACCAACGUCUUUCUUGGCACCUUCCACUCCUUCCGGGAGGUGCUCCUCAAGAAGCAGAAGGAUGCUCCCGGCAAGUACGAUUCACUGGAGCUCGCCUCGCUGCACUCUAUCUCGAAGGGUAUGGUUGGCGAAUGUGGCCACCGCGGCGGUUACUUCGAGUUGAUCGGAUUCGACCCCGAAGUCGAGGAGCAGGUCUACAAGUUCGUUUCCGUCAUGCUCUGCGCGCCCGUUAUCGGCCAGUGCCUAGUCGAGCUGAUGGUCAACCCGCCUCGGGAAGGCGACCCGUCGUUCGAGCUCUACGACAAGGAGUACAACGGCAUCUUCAAUAGUCUGAAGGAGCGUGCUUUUGCGCUCUACAAUGCAUUCAAGGAUAUGGAGGGAGUCAAGUGCGGCGAGCCCCAGGGCAGCAUGUACCUGUUCCCUACCAUCACCCUACCGGCUAAGGCUAUCGAGGCUGCCAAGAAGGAGGGCAGGUCACCGGAUGAAUUCUACUGCCUGCGCCUGCUUGAUGCGACGGGCGUGUGCCUCGUGGCUGGCAGCGGGUUUGGGCAGAAGGAGGGUACUCUGCAUUUCCGGACGACAUUCUUGGCGCCUGGUACGGAAUGGGUUGGUUCUAUCAAGAAGUUCCAUAAGGAGUUCAUGGACGAGUUCAGAUAG